UGAGUGCUGCUGUUGCGGGCAAGGUGGGUGUAAACAGGCAUUGAGAGGAUAGCUGGUGUAACCGUGGGAACCGAGGGCUGCACGGGGUGGACAGGGGAGGACACGUAGGGCGCGCCACAAUCGGGGCAUGUACCUGCUGGGUUUUUCUUGAGUUCCAGUCUCACCUUAUAUCCACAUCGGAUGGUGAAUGAAACCGAUCCGCGUCCAGAACAGACACACUGACAGACAAAGAUGGAAAGUCAAGGCAGCCGCUGUAAGAUCGUGGUGGUCGGAGAUACGCAAUGUGGUAAAACUGCGCUCCUACAUGUUUUUGCGAAGGACUGCUAUCCCGUGAACUAUGUCCCCACCGUUUUUGAAAACUACACGGCCAGUUUUGAAAUCGAAAAACAGAGGAUUGAGUUGAACAUGUGGGACACGUCAGGUUCUUCGUAUUAUGACAACGUGCGGCCGUUGGCCUAUCCUGACUCAGACGCUGUGCUCAUCUGCUUUGACAUCAGUCGCCCAGAGACUCUGGACAGUGUUCUGAAGAAGUGGCAGGGGGAGACCCAGGAGUUCUGUCCCAAUGCCAAGGUGGUUCUGGUGGGUUGUAAGCUGGACAUGAGGACUGACGUGGGCACCCUGAGAGAGCUGUCCAAGCAACGCCGCAUCCCCAUCACACACGAACAGGGUAGUGGGUUGGCCCGUCAGAUAGGUGCGGUAGCCUACGUGGAGUGCACUUCAAAGGUGUCGGAGAACAGUGUACGGGACGUGUUCCACAUCACCACGCUGGCGUCUGUGCGGCGGCCACAGAAGCCUCAGCUGAAACGCAGCAGCUCCCGCCGGGGCCUGAAACGGGUGUCCCAGCUGCCCCUGCCCCCCCUGCCCGGUCGGACUGAUACCCUGGAUCCUGCCCCUGUCAUGCAGAAGGACCGGGCCAAGAGCUGUGUGCUCAUGUAGAGACCCACCAAGACAAAUAUAUAUAUAUAUAUA